CUAACGUUGCGUUUUAUUUUGUACUCUGGAAAUUUCUUCUCUCUGGUUCUCUCUCUCUAAAAUGGAUCGCAAAAGCUUGCUUAAUGUAGCGUUAAUGUGCGUCAUUGUUGCCAGUGUCGGUGGUCAAGCUCCGACGUCAGCUCCGACGGCGACACCGGUUACCCCUGCAGCCCCUAGGGCUACUCCUGUGACUCCUGCAGCCCCUGUAACAGCACCCGCUAAGGCUCCUGUAAAACCUACAUCACCUGCUCCAGUUUCAUCUCCCGUAUCUUCACCACCCGCUAAGGCUCCUGUAAAACCUACAUCACCUGCUCCAGUUUCAUCUCCCGUAUCUUCACCACCCGCUAGGGCUCCUGUAAAACCUAAAUCACCUGCUCCAGUUUCAUCUCCCGUAUCCUCACCAACGGCUGCUUCUCCGACAAAACAGACUGUUCCUGCUCCGGUUCAGACUCCAUUGGCUACGCCGCCACCUGCUGUCACUCCGGUUAGUUCGCCACCUGCUCCAGUUCCAGUGAGCUCGCCACCAGUUAAAUCUCCUGCCAAGUCUCCAGUUAAAUCUCCUGCCAAGUCUCCUCCAGCACCUGCACCAGUUACUCCACCAGCAAGUUCUCCGGAAAAUGCUCCUCCAGCUCCAGUGGCUGCACCAACCGCAGAGGUUCCUGCGCCGACUCCCAGCAAGAAGAAGUCGAAGAAGCACACUGCCUCAGCUCCUGGUCCAGAGUUGUCAAGCCCACCUGCUCCACCAACUGAGGCACCUGGACCAAGCGCUGAAGCCAACUCACCUGGUCCAUCUGUGGCUAAUGAGAACGGAGCAGAGACGAUAAAGAGCCUGCAGAAGAUGGCAGGAGGGUUGGCAAUAAUGGGAUGGGCAAUGGUGGCUUUGAUCUUCUAGAGAGAGCAAGAGUGAGAGAUGUUUAUCAUGUGACACUACUGUUCCUCCUGUGAUAUGAUUUUAGUCUUUUUGCCCCCAUGUUCUCUUACUUGUUACGGGAUUCACAUUUGAUAUUUUUUUAUUUACCAUUAUUUGGUUAAAUAAUUGUUAGUGGUUCUGUGAUUACUGCCUGGCGAUUAACCACAUUUGCUUUGUAUUCGGUAUUCUUUGAGAGAGACUUGUGGGGGUGGUGGGAAAAACUCCGUAUUUUUGUACUUCUCUGUUCACCGCCUUUUUUUAUCUAUUUUGGAUCCUUCUAGUAGGA